AUGGUGAGCGGUCGUUUCGUCUCCGAAACGGCAAAAAUCAGCCAUAAAGCUACAUUUCCAAUUCUUGUUCAUUCGAAUGAAAAAUGGGCCGACAAAGUUUCCUCGACAGCAGGUUCAGACAAAUCGGAUGAUGAGAAGAAAUCAAAAUCUGAGAAAAAGAAAAAAUCUUCAAAAGUUAGCCCGAUUACCUCUCCGAACGACGACGAAGUCAGCUUGAAGAGUGACGGUGAGGAUAGGCGAAGUCGACGCAGCGAUGACUCGGAUAAGAAACGCGAUAAGGCGAAUGUAGAGAAGAUCCAGCUCACCGAAGGUGUCGUCCAGGAUUACAUCAACUUGGAAAAAGCGAUCAAUAAGUUGGAAAGGAAAAACGUGUUGAAGAAGUACGAAUCACAAACGAUUUAUGCUGACAAUCUAAAGAACACCGUCGAACAACUAGAAGCUGUUCUUAAAGAGCUGAAAAAACAAACAGAACGUGAAAAGUCGGAUUUGAAGAAUAUCGAACAACCGUCAGUAAAGGAUUAUCUGAAGCAGCAGGUAUGUGGCGGUCAAUUGACCUCUCUAGGACGUUUGAGCAAUAAAGUGAUGGUGAAAGGUAAUCAAUGGCCAAUCCAGGGUGAAUGGGAAGCACGCUUCGAAAAAGAAAAGACAGAAUAUGAAGAUGCGCUCAAUAAACAAGAUGCCGUGGAAAAGGAACUUGAACUCUCAAAAGUGAAAUAUGAGACUGCACAGAAAGUUAUGGACAUCUACAAACAACAGACGGAUAAUCUACUGGCACUCUAUGACAAACAGGAUAAAAUGCUCAUUGGAAUAUUUGGAACAGAUUACGCGUCAGAAAAGGAGAAUAUUCUGGAAGGAGAGGUGGACGAGAUGAUGGAUUGGCAGCAACGCGUCGCGUUGGCGAUGUUCAAAUGGGCGAAUGGCAGAGUGUUGUUGGUCCACGCGCUCACACAGAUCACUUUUGGAAUCAAUCGAUGGCAGGAUAUUAAGAAGAUCGAGGAGAGCAACAGCCGCGCACGAUAUUUUGCCGCCGCCGAGGCCCGCAACAACUUCAUUGCCGCUGCACAAAACGUACAAUCGUGCCGAAUGUACCUGAAUAAGGUCGAGUUUCCGUAUGCCACUGAGGACGAAAUACUCUUAAUGGAAGACACAGCAACCAAAGCAUUCAAAAACGUUCAGGAUGAUUCAGUGGUUAAAAAGGCUCUGAAAGUCUUCCAAGAAACCCAGCAAAAAGUAGCACGACUUAUCCAAUGGUUUGAUAAGGUGAUUAAUGACACUAUACGAAAGGAUCUGGACCAAGCUAACAAUGCGGUCAUCAAAAAACAAAAAGCCCUCAGGGAAGAACGGUUGGCGCUCAUGAAAAAGCAAGUAUCCAAAGAGCUCGGUCACAACAUGGAUUUCGAGUAUGACUCCAUUUCGGAUGACGACUUGGAGAAAGAGCUGAAAACGCUGGAGGAAGAGGCCAUCAAGGGUAUGAAUGCUGUGAAAAACAAAAAGAUUUCGGAAAUCCUCAGCUACGGUCCAGAAGACAGUUCAACUCUCCCCUUGAACAAACUCGCUCCAAUCCCAAGCAAGGACGCCCUUUUCGGAGACGUGAAACAAAAACUCGACGAACUAGAUACCACUAGGAAAGAAUUCGUUAAGAGGCAUUAUAUUCAACGGGAGAAGCAGGCGAUGGCUAUACAGGAAAAACUAAAAAUGCGUCAGCAGAAGAAUCGCAGGACAAGAAAGCAACGUCGCGAAAGUGUUGCGCCAGCUUAG